AUGACCCGCGCACAGCAGACUAUUUCUAUUGCACUCCUUGUGAGCUCGCUCUACCUUUCCCUCUACCUCGAAUUGGUUCCCCUCCCGGCUCUUGUCCAGACAGCGAUUGUGCCUGUGCUCCCCUUCUGGGCCCUCGUCUCCUUCGGCGCCUGGAUCCUCUUCCGCCUCGGCUGGGGCAUGCUCACCUUCCGCGACACGCCCGAGGCCUACAAGGAGCUGAUGGAGGAGAUCAAGCUUGCACAGGCGGACUUGAGGGCCAAGGGCGUCAGUGUUGAUUAA